ACGCCGUGUGUUUACCUAAGGUCGGGUUGGUGGUCAAUGAGUCGGUGGUGAGGCCUAGUGGUGUGGCGUGAGCACUCAUCUAAUAAGGAAAACAUUUAUGAAAACUGCUGAUAUUGUAGAAUUUAUUUGACCCUGGCAACCAUGUUGAUGUGAGUUGACCUGUAUCCUGACCUGACCCUGCCGACCAUGUUGCUUGAACCCCACCGUACAUGCCUUUGUAGCCCACAACAGAGUUGUAGAAAAUGAAACCGAUUCUUCCUAAAAGCUCGGUGACUGGUGUAGGUUACCCACAAAUUCACAGUAUUGUAGCAUCACCUGGCACUACAAUAAUCUUGGCAACAACUAUGGCCCCAACCAACUUUGCUAACUUUGCUAUUGGAACCCAGGGAGCUGCUCAGCCCACUCCCAUUAUUCUGCCCUCUCCAUCCACUCCUACCAUCACACUGUCCACCCACAGUGUGCCACAGCCUACUCCUGUCAUACUACCAUUGACAAAUACGAAGCAAGGAACAUCCAGAAACCUUCAAUCACGAUGUCCACCUUUGCUGGCACCCAAGAGUAUCUUGCCAAGAUCAGAACUUGUAAACCAACAGAGGUCAAUAAAGUCUGUUAAAGGGACAAACUCCAGUUCCAAAAAACAUGCCAGUAAUGUUAAAGGAAUAAAGAUAAUGCAGAAUGUGCAGCUAAAAGCAAGCCUUAACAGAGAUGCAAAAAAAUCUGUUGAUCAGGAACUUUUUGUGAAAUCAAUUUUGCCUAAAGCACCUCAAAGGGAUGCACAAACACUAAUUAUUGUACCUGUUCCAGCACCAACACAAAAGUCAUCAGUGGUCUCUUCACUUUUAUUUGCUCCAAAUAGUUCUGUGGUUGAUGUCAGAACUCAUUUGGAUCAUCCUAGAAAAGUUACAAAAAAGAAAAAAAUUGAAAAUUCCAUUGCCAAAGAAAACAAGAAAAGUUUGCCACUUAAGGUGAAACAUGAAAUUAAGGUAGCGCAUAACACAAAGCUAACAAAUAGAGUUAAAUCUGAUCCUGAAGAUGUAGUCAAAAAUAAAUUUGCACGACAAACAAAAAAUAAAUCUAAGCUGAUCCCUGUAACUGUAUCUAAAAAUGACCAUGCAAAAUUAAGUGAAACAGAUCAAGAUGUGCAGUGUAAGCAAAGUGACAAAUCUCCUGUAGUACCCCAUGAAAAUAUGCCAACAGUGUCUUCUCACUCUCAGUUAUCAGUGCCUUCAAGAAAUGCAUCUCUACAUUUAGCUGACCGGCUUUCUCCUCAACAUGGUGCUCCUCACGACCUUCCUCCACCUUAUCCACAAUAUUCAAAUAUACAAGAAUCUGACUUGAACUUGCAUCAUACCGAGUUGCUGCAUGGGUGUGAGACUGGUAAAACAGAGAAAGAAAUUCAGUUCUCUAAGACAUCAAACCAGAAAUUAUCUGAAAUUACUAAAAAGCUUAGUGAUUGUAAAUGCAAAAAGGGGCAAGGUAUUUCUGAAUGCCCAGCCUCAAUACCUGAUCAAACAGCUUCACCUGAAAAAUUCUUAACAAAUGCAGUGUGUGCCAGGAAUAAAGUAGAUGGAUUGCAGGCAACUUUGCCUUGUUUAUCAUCCCAAUCAUCUCGGAGUAUCUCUUCAAGUGCCUUACAUCCUCCUUAUACUUCAUCUACAGUAUCAAAAUUAGAAUUAUCACAGAAAAAUGUUCAUUCUAAUACAAUAACUGGAACUUCUUCCUGUUUCUCCAUAGUUUCACCUAUAUAUUCCCCAUCCUCAUCACUCUUAAAGUUACAUUCAAAAGAUCCUUCUACAUACAUUAUACCUUCAUCAUUUCAUGCAACAAAUCCUACCAUAGAAGGGGCUUUGGAUUCGCCCUUCUCAUGUGUGAAGAAUCACAGUUAUUCCUCCAUAUAUUCUUCUCUACCAUGUACUCAUUCUUCAGCUGGUUCUUCAUGCAGCCCUCUUCCAAGUUGUUGUUCUGCUUCCAGUGGCUUUCUGCAUUCUUCUCCAUCUACCUGCCAGUCACAGAAUUCAGGUGAUGUAUCUGCAGCAUCCCCUGUUCUCUCUUCAGCAGUAUCAGAUAUAGGUACAUGUGUUGCUACUCCUGGUAGCCAGUUGUGCCAUCAAGUGUCUUACUCCCACCAUCCAAAGUCAAUACAUCAUGCCUUAUCUUCUGAAACACCUCACUUAACCCAGAGCUCAGAAUUAUCAUCCACUUCCCAUCCUUCAAAACUUUCUACAUGCAGUUCUCAUUCCUAUACAGCAUUUUAUAACCAAUCUUCACAGCCAAAUCAGUCUAAUAAAGUACCACAAAAGUCACUGCAUACUUAUCCCUUAUGCUCAGCCUCUCAAAUACUUUCCUCACACCCAGUGUCCUACACUCGUUCCCAUCAGUCAUUUCAACAAGCCUCACAUAUACAGUCUUCUCAGUCACCAUCAUACAUGCAUUCUACUCGGCCAACUUUGUGUGUGCAGUCUCCUCGACCAACUUCAUAUUCACCUUCUCAGUUAAUUCCACACACACUGUCUCCUAAAUCAACCUCUCAUAUGCAGUCUCCUCAACAUGCAUCACAUACUCAGACUCUUCAUCUCAUUUCAGGUACACAGUCUCCUCAGCCAACCUCGUACACACAGUCCCCUCAGCCAACCUCGUACACACAGUCCCCUCAGCCAACCUCGUACACACAGUCCCCUCAGCCAACCUCGUACACACAGUCCCCUCAGCCAACCUCGUACACACAGUCCCCUCAGCCAACCUCGUACACACAAUCCCCUCAGCCAACCUCCUAUACACAGUCCUCUCAGCCAACCUCCUAUACACAGUCCUCUCAGCCAACCUCCUGUACACAGUCAUCACGGCUACCUUAUAUACAAUCCUCUCAGCCAACCUAUUCAAAAUCCCCCCAAUCACCUCUAUACACCCAGUCCUCACAACCAGUGUCAUUUACUCAGUCACCUCUGCGGCAUUCGCAUACACACGUCCUUCAGUCUACCUUGCACACACAGUCCACUCAGUCAGUUGUAUACACACAGUCUGCCCAGCAAACCUGUUAUACACAAUCAUCUCAGUCAAACUCUGACAGACAGCCCUGUGAAUCUGCUUCAAACAUAGAUUCGCCACAUCCAGCUACGUACAUACCUACUCAUCACUCGGCUUCAUAUGCUCAGUCUUCUCGGCCCUCCCUAUAUACUUACUCGCCACAGUCGGGUUCUUUUGUCCAGUCUCGGCAUCCAAAUUCCUUCGCCACACCUGAGCAUCCUACAACGUGCAGUCAAUCACCACAACCUGAGGGAUAUUUUUUGCAUACACAGCAUAUUAAUGAUGCUGAUCCUCCUUCUCCUCAGGCUCUCUCAUUUGUUAAUGAACAUAUUCCAUCAUAUUGUCAAUCCCCACAACAAGAAACUUACAGCCAGUCCCCUCAUGCCACACCAACACCAAUUAAAGCAUCGUCCACCAACACUGAUGACUCUCGAUUGUCCCACCUCCCACCAUUUUCAAUUCCCCAAAUUUCAUCAGCAUUUCACCAUACUAACCCUGCAAGUAUCUCUCACGAUAAUGUUUAUGAUUCGCACCAGCUUAGUGAUACUAAUUAUUCACAAUAUUAUGGUUCUAAUAAAGGAUUGCCUUUAUCAUCUUCAUAUCCUACAGAUGAAAUAAAUUCAUCAUUUGUAUCGAUCGAAAAGUCAUUAAGUCCGCCAUCAUAUGAAGCUCAUUUACAAAACACUGCAUCGUACCCAUCUUCUAGCCCUCAAACUUCAGCCUCUCAUCACAUGUCAAUUACACAUCAACAAAUAACACCAACCAAUUAUUCAUUAUCAAACCAUACCACAAGCCUUGAAGAGGAGGAUUCAUCCAUACACUCGGACAACAGGAAAAGUGUUAGAUCCCCACCUGCAUAUCCUUCCUCUCCAGCUUUGCUUCCACCUCCAAGGUACACACCCUACUCAGAAGCAACUCCUGUCACCCAUCUUUCAGACCAUGCAAUUGUAUCGGAUAAGAGCAAAGGAUCAUAUGGGUAUAGUUCAAAAGAAUUGCCACAUGCCUUUUUUCAAAACAAUCCAUCAAUGCCACAACCACCUGUCACAUCUCCACAUACUGAUGCUCGACGAGGUGUACUUCUUCCUAACUGUCAAGAUUACAGCACAAGCCAGUGCCCUAGUUCUGCCUCUAAUGCAGCAUUCCCAAAUAAAAUUUACCACUCUCUUCAUGAUGUCCAGCACAGCUCUGAUAAUGAAGUGGAAUUCCAAGGGGUACACAAUAGAACCAAUAAGUCAACUGAUCAACAAACACUAUUUAAGCAUUAUAACCAGGAAAUGGACGUGUCUUUGGCCGAAUGGAGGAAUUCCAAAAGAGGAGCUGGGAUUCAUAACAAUGAAAACUUUAAAGUACAUAGUCUAAUAGAGCGAGCAGAGAGACUAUGGUUUAUUCCUCAACAAGAACAAAAUAGAGUGUAUAUGAAGAGAAAAGAGAUGGCAAGAGACUUCCUCAAUCAUCCUGAUUUACACUUGAGCAGAGAUAUGAUGUUAAAAGAAAAGUUUUGGAUUGAGGAAGAUGAGCCAAUUGCUGAAGAAAUCCUUUUGACAAGCAACACUGAAAAUGAGCAGGAGCAGCAGCAGGAGCAGCCAAAGGAGGAAGUAACUGUAAGUGAAUAUUCUACUUCUGCUGCUGUUGUUGAUGUUGGACCAGACUAUGAAGCUGCAAGUGAUAGACUCAGUUCAAAGAAAAAGCACACCAGGGAAAUGCUAUGUCAGGUGUGUGGGAAGAUGCUUAAAGGCCGCAGCAGUCUCAAAUCUCAUUUGAACAGCCACCACAGAAUUAAGCCCCACGCUUGCCCUUUCUGCCACAAAAGUUUUACAAACCGCGGUGUUCUUGUAGCACAUCUUCGUAUUCACACUGGUGAGAUGCCAUAUGUGUGUCGCAUUUGCGAUACAUCUUUUCGGACACAAUCAGGCCUUACGCGUCAUAAAAGUUUACAUACUAAUGCGAGGCCUUACGAGUGUUCCAUGUGUUCUAAGGCAUUUAAAACAAAGCUGGUCUUACAGCAGCACUUAAAACUUCAUUUAACAGGUUUAUUCACCUGCUCUGAAUGUGGUAAGACCUUUGAAAGACAUAAAUCAUUAGCAGUACACAAAGCAUCUCAUAACCAUAAGUCUCAAAGGUUUCCCUGCCCACAUUGCCAUAAAGCAUACCAGUUCCGCAGUCUUCUAAACAUUCACAUGCAGGUUCACUCUAAUAUCCGAAAACAUGUCUGUUCAGUUUGUAAUGAGUCUUUUGUUUGGCGUAGUGGUUUAGCUGCUCAUUUGAAAAUCCACUCUACUUCCCGUCCAAAGUGUGACAUAUGUGGGAUGCACUUUGCCUCGGAGAAAAGAUUGAGCACUCAUUAUCGUCGCCACAGUAAUCCACAACCUCAUCGGUGUGAAGUGUGUGGCCGAAGUUUCUCUCACGCCUAUCGUUUGGUUUCUCAUUCUCUUGUACACCAAGAGCAUAAGGAAUAUACCUGUCCAAAGUGUGGUGUUGUGUUUACUUCAGCAAAGAAGAUACGGAAACAUCUUGUCAGCCAUAGGAAAGAGGUGCCAAGAAUUUGCCAACUUUCUGGUACAAUAGAAAUACCAAAGUCUACCACAUGAUACAGUAUAUAUACAUUGUAUAGUACAGGUAUAUCUAAAUAUAAGUAAUGAAAGUAUCAUGGUUUUUGUACACACAAAAAAAUUGUUCAUAAUUCAAGAGUCAAAGCUUUAAUAUUCUAAUCAAUUACACUGCUCCUCUAUUAUUAUUGAUAUUUAAAACUUUUUUACUUCACAGAUGGUGGUAGGUGUUUGGAUGUUUUGGCAUCUAAUCAUUUACAGUGUUCACAUUAGUGUGAUCUCUGUGUGUAAAAAUCAAUGUGUUUGGGAACUAGGAAUAAUGUACUAGGGGGCAUACCCGGUAGAUCCUACAAUCAGACUACUAAAGGAAGCAUUUUCAAUGCAGUAGUAUUAAUUGUUACUUGUCUAUUUACAAGUCAGGGGUGAAGUUUUUUUGGGGGGGAAGGGGGGGGGGCCAGUCUGACCGGUGACUGAUGUAUUAAAGUGACCCAUAACAAUAAAGAUCUACAGUAUUUUGUUAUUUGUGUAUGCACUCUUUUGUAUUUUUGAGUGUUGGGAGACCACUCUGAGGGUGGAAUGAAUGAGUGAGCACGAGAGAAUGCAAAACUCACAACUGCAAGCGGUAUGUGAAAGCUCAAUUUUGGCUGCUGGGUAUGUUUAACCAAUUAAAAUGGACUGGUUUAUGAAGGUCUUCUGCUGUUGAUUAUUGUGAAUACAAAUAGUGUACAAAAAAAAAAAAAAACAAGAAAAAGAAACAAGCUACAUGUGAUGGAUUGAACCCAGGUAUUAUUGUAUGUCAUUAAUGUUCACUGGUGGAAAAAAACACCAGUGCAUUGCAGCCUAAAUUGUAGACACAAUUUAACACUGCACUUUGUUCUGGAAUAUCCUUUAAAGGAGUUAAAAUAAACUAGUGAGUAAAAAUUUAUAUACAUUUGCAGUACAAAGUUUUACAAAUGAAAAUUGUAAUGAAAAUGAACAAUAUCAGAAGUUAACACUCCAUUUAUUCUUUUAAAUUUUUCAGCAUUUCAAGCUCUUAAUCUGAUACUUGCAAAUGCUUGAAAUAUCUCAGAUUCUAAAUAAAAUGACAUCACUCUAGGCAAGUUCCCACAGGGAUCAAAGAUAUAAAGAAAAAAAUAUUAUAAACUUCUUUAAUGAGAUGCCCUACAGACACAUUU